UAGGAGAUGAAACAGUUGAAACCCGGAGUCAGACCUCUCAGGUAGUGCAUUUGCACCUUUUUAUUUACAGUCUAUGAUUUGCACCCGGAAAACGAGUCCAUUAUGUUUACUGGCCGGUGUUGAAUCAAAUCAUGGAAAAUGUUAAGAAGUUCAACUAAUUUAAAGACAAGGAAACAGUCUGUAUUCUUUGUACGCCAACGUAACCUAUUAGUAGGCGCUGCCUGACAGUCUGAACUCAGGGAGUUUUCUUGCCGUGGUUACGUUGCCUUCCUGAGUCCGACGUCGGGGGCGGAAGAUGGCUGACAGCGGAGCCUUAGCUGCGAAAAGAUGCGACUCCGGCUCAGUAUCUUCAGUGAGCAUGGACACCAUCUCGGGCCUGACGGAACUGGAGGACCUGGAGAAGGUUUACCAGCAGCUCUGCGCGGAGGAGACAGAGGUGGAAGCUGAGCUGGACAGACUGGUUGGGAAGGAAGGAGCUAUUCACACAAAGAUGCUGGCUCUACAGAGGAUGGGGCCCAGCCUACAGUUGAUUGGAGGAGAUGCCAGCCAGCUGUCAGGCAUGAUCACAUUUACCUGCAGCCUGGCUGAAAACGUCAGCCGCAAAGUCAGACAGCUAGACCUGGCAAAGACGCGCCUGUAUAACGUCAUCCGGCGUGCUGAUGACAUCCUCGACCUGAAGUUCUGCACAGACGGUGUGCAGACAGCUUUACGUAACGAAGAUUAUGAAAAGGCUGCUGCUCACAUCCAUCGAUACCUCUCUCUGGAUCAGUCGGUUAUUGAGCUGAGCAGGCAGGGGGAAGAAAGUAGUGCAGUGGAUGCCAGUCUGGUGAUGCUGCAGGAGGCAGAGGAGAAGCUGAAGGUUAUCGUGGCUGAGAAGCUGGAUGAAGCUGUAGCAGCAGUGGACCUUGCACAAGUGGAAAGAUUUUUCAAGAUCUUUCCUCUGUUGGGACUCCACCAGCAGGGCCUGGCUCGCUUUGGACAGUAUCUCUGCACUCAGCUUGCAUCAAAGGCAGAGGAGAACCUGCACUUGGCUACAGGAGGAGAUCUUGGCGAGAAGAGAGCACUGCUGGUAUUUGCAGACACUCUCACUUUGCUGCUGGAAGGCAUUGCUCGUGUCGUUGAGGCUCAUCAGGUUAUCGUAGAGACUUAUUAUGGGCCAGGCCAUCUGUACAUACUCAUCACUCACCUGCAGCAGGAAUGUGACCGACAGGCCCAGAAAAUAGUUGACAAGUUCAUCCAGCAGAGGGGAUACCACAACAAGUUUCAGGUUGUCCAGAGCAGCAUGAUGAAGAGCGUCCCUGGUGAAAGGAUCGAACCAAGGGAGCUGGACCCUGUCCUGACAGAAGUGACCUUGAUGAACGCACGGGCAGAGCUCUACCUGCGCUUUUUAAGGCGUCGCAUGCUGGGCGACUUUGAAGUUGGGGAUGCUCAGAAUGUCACACAAGAACAUCUGCAAAAUGUAGAGAAGCUGCUGAAACACUGUUUGCUGAGCAGGACGAUGCAAGAGCUGAUCGGCUACUACGUCCCAAUGGAGGAGUACUACAUGAGAGAAUCUGUCAACAAGGCUGUUACUAUGGACACAUAUGAAAAGGGUCAGCUGACCUCCAGCAUGGUGGACGACUGUUUCUACAUUGUGAAGAAGUGCAUCAGUCGAGCGUUAUCCAGCUCCAGCAUCGACUGCCUCUGUGCCAUGAUCAAUCAUGCUAACUCUGUGCUGGAGUCUGACUUCAGGGAGGUGUUGUAUAACAAGCUGCGGCAGGGCUUCCCAGCGACAACGCUUCAGGACAUCCAGCGCGGUGUGAGCAGUGCAGUCAGUCUGAUGCAGAGCAGCUUGCAGCAGGGCAAGUUCAACACACUGGGCAUCGAGAGCACUGAAAACGCCAAGGCUGCAUUUCUGGUUACGCUGAAUAACGUAGAGGUGUGCAGUGAGAAUAUCACAACCUUAAAGAGGAACCUUGAGAACGACUGCUCCAAGUUGUUCAGUCAGGGCGCCGGCUCUGGUGAUCAAGCCAAGAUCGAAAGCUGUUUGUCUGACCUCGUCAACACAUCCGCCAAGUUCAAGGAUCUCUUACAGGAGGGCUUGACUGAGUUAAACACAACAGCCAUAAAGCCUCAAGUGAAGCCCUGGAUUAGCAGCUUCCUGUCUAUAUCACACAACAUAGAGGAGGAGGAGUUUAACGAUUAUGAAGCUAAUGAUCCCUGGGUGCAGCAGCUCAUCGUCAACCUGGAGCAGCUCAUGGCAGAGUUCAAGACGGCUCUCUCUCCUGUUAUCUACGACACUCUGACCAGCCUGAUGACGAGCCUGAUAUCUAUUGAAAUGGAGAAGACUGUCCUGAAGUGCUCAUUCAGCAGGCUCGGAGGGCUGCAGUUUGAUAAAGAGCUUCGGUCCCUGGUGGCUUACCUCACCACUGUGACCACCUGGACCAUCAGGGACAAGUUUGCACGUCUCACACAAAUGGCCACCAUCCUAAACCUGGAGCGGGUAACUGAGAUCUUGGAUUAUUGGGGUCCAAACUCAGGCCCGCUGACUUGGCGGCUGACCCCGGCAGAGGUUCGUCAGGUUCUCGCUCUGCGCAUUGACUUCAGAAGUGAAGAUAUCAAGAGACUGAGACUGUAACUCAUGAAGUAGUGCGCUGGUAUGUCACGGCAGUACCCACCUUCUGAUGCUUCUGAUACCUCCAGGCUUGAUCCACAGAUGUUCUGGUCUGAAUCAAAGAUGCUCAUCGCUCACUGUGGAGAUUUCUGCUUGGUUUUCUGAUCGUCUUCUGCUCCUCGCCUGAUACUGAUGUUAGAGCUUGCUCAGUUUUUCAAGGCACAGUUUGUUGUUACGAUGUACAGAUGGUACAAGGUUGAUUUGGAUGAUGUGUAAAAAUAUGAAUAUUGAUAUUCCCUUUGUAAUAUGUAAUUAAAAGAGUGUCACACGGGGAGUUCCAACCUUUUAACCUGUGGCUGGCUGUGGGAAACGAGGACACACUGGGACUGAGCGUUGGAGCUCUGGGGCUGUCAGUGAAACAAAGCAGUAAUGAACAUCAUACCCAUUAAAGUGACAGAAGCAGGUCAGACAGCUGAUCCAGCCUAGUCAUUCAAUAUAUGAAUAGCUCCUCGUCUGUGCUGAUAGAACACUUUUAACCUAAUAAAUUGGGAGCCGCCGUGCAACGCCUCUGAUCCCCGCCAUCCGCCACAUUUCACGAAGUGCUGCUCUACUGCCAUGCAAGACCUGCUCUUAAUCUUUUUUACAUACUCCUGACACUAAACACUAAGCUGUGCUCACCUGGCAAUAAAGCAUUAAAAGUGUUCCAUUCUCAUCA